CUUCGUUGUGUGUUCUGGUAUAUAGCCAGGAUGUCAACAUGCUCCUUGAAGAGGUAGAUCAGCUGCGUUUCCAGCUUAAAAAGGCACAAUCUUCAUUAACAAAGCUGCAGAAUAAGUGUAUGGCUGGUCAAGCAAUUCCCUCGGACUUCGUGCAAUUUGGACAGUCUUCCUACAAACUGGUGACAAACCCGAAGCUGGCGUACAAGCCUGCGGAGGAUUACUGCAGAACGCUGCACCCUCGGGCUCACCUCGUCACUAUCGAAUCCAAGGAAGAGAACCAGUUUUUGCGCGACCUCAUGGUUAAUGACCAUGGCACUUAUUUCGCCCUCAUCGGAGGAAACGAUCUUGCCAAGGAGGGCGAUUGGCGCUGGAUAUCCACAGGGAAACCCAUGCAGUACACUAACUGGACGCCAGGCAUGCCUGAUAACAGCGGCAACUACGAACACUGCGUCACCAUGCUGGACAGUGGGAAGUGGAACGAUCUGGGUUGUGAUUACGUUGAAGAUGGUUUCUUCUGUGAAAUCGAUCCUGAUCUCUCAACUGAGAGUAUCUUGGGCUAGGAGCAUUUUGCAACUCGCGAUCGUAUAGACUCUUGAAUAUCAUGCCCAGUAUAUGUGGCUGGGUGGCCUCUAGACUUCGUUCAAGUCUGGUACAUGUACCUUGUUACAUCUAAGAUCUAAUAAACGGAAUAUUAGAUCUUAGGUUACAUGUAUCUACCUAAGAUGGUAGGAAUUAGCAUGUACAUUUCUCGUCUUUUAUGGAAUCAAAUUUACAUAGUUCCUUUUGGGAUGUAAUAGUCAUAUUGAAAGUUAACUCGAUGUACUUUCAUAAACUCAAGGACCAAAACUGAAUAAAAAUAUCAGAUUUCA